GGUGUUUGAACCGUCGUCGUUAGAGAACAGCGGCUUGUUGUUGCGCUCGGUGAAACCAGAAGAAGUCGGAUAACUGACUCGUAUCUCACGAAGAACACCGCCGAGGACUCUUUGUUUUGACCGCUACCGUCGACUGAAGAUGUCAAAAAAGCAGAUUCACUAUUCCGACAAGUACACCGACGAGGAGUUCGAGUACAGACAUGUGGUGCUGCCCAAGCAGCUGUCUAAACUGGUGCCCUCCUCCCACCUGAUGACGGAGGACGAGUGGAGGGGACUGGGGGUGCAACAGAGCCAGGGCUGGAUUCACUACAUGAUCCACAAACCAGAGCCCCACAUACUGCUUUUCAGAAGGCCUCUCCCCAAGGACUAGAUGAGAAACCUCUGUAAAAUACCUGCUAUCAUCUUUGCUGAUUUGUAUCGUCUUAAGACCAUACAACGCUCAGACGUUCAUCUCUACAUGCGUUGUAACGUAUUGUGUAGAAAACCAUUAGUUGUAUUGUUUUUGGUUUUGUUGGGUUUUUUUGUCGUCUUUCUUCUUUCAAACUCCCUCAAUUUUUAGAGGUGAAUAUCUUGCUUCUGCUGGGAAUAAUAACCGUAUGAAUAAUAUGGUGAAAGUUUGCCUGGCAAUUGUAGCCUUUUUUAUGUUUUUAAAUGUCUUUUCAUGUCGUGUUGUUAUGAUUGAUUGAUUUAUUUACUGAGUGGUCAUGCAGGCACAGGAUUUUAUUUUUCUCAAGCCCGUUGUUUUCCUGAAGGUGUUUUCUUUGUUUGAACAUCCUAUGUUCUUUACACUUAUGUUAUGUACAUAUAUUAAUUAUAGGUAUCAUAAAUGAGUCACCUAGUUGAUUUAACAAACUUUGUUGCUCAUAGAAGAAAAUAAAAUGUUCUCUCUCUCUCUUUGA